GGUUUCAGGAAGUGUUGCACUGUUUCACUUUGACAUGAUGGAAGUUUGAGCUGAGCGAAGAGGAUUGAAGUACAACAAAUGGUUGCCUAUCAGAUCGCGUUUCGCAAGACCGAGACUUCGGAAAAACGUGGAGCUAAACUACGAACUGUGUGACCAGUCACUCUGUCCACCUGUACGUCAUAUUGUCAAGUUAGCAGGCAGUGCUAAAGGACGAGCGCUCGAGCUAACGUUACAUAUAACUUUUUCCCGUGUGUCACUGCCUGGGAUUUGUGCUGUUUUCUCGCCGUAUUUUGUUUUGUUUAGGCUUUGUCUGACGGUUGUCAGCUCCCGUGUGUAGUUAAACAGCGGAAUUUUAAUUUAACAUUGGCCAGAAAGGACACUUUCUAUUCUCAGAGCGUGACUUUGUAUUGUUUGGACCACACCGGGGAACGUCAAGAGUUAACUUGAUUUGGAUUGAAAUGCUCCUAGACUGCGGCUGACCUGGGAACAGAGUACCGGAGGUACAGUAUCAUGACAAUGACUUCACAUGACUGGAAUAAACGCUAACUGUUAAGGCGCUCUUCAUUGCCUACAAGGAAUUACUUGGACUACUAGCCCAGCGCACACUCUUCCCUUCCUAUAAUGUUGGAAGGACUUGUUGCCUGGGUGCUCAACACAUAUCUUGGCAAAUAUGUCAGCAACCUUAACACUGACCAGCUCUCCAUUGCACUUCUUAAAGGUGCAGUCGAGUUGGAGAACCUUCCACUACGAAAAGAUGCUCUCAGAGGAUUUGAUCUGCCCUUUGAAGUCAAAGCAGGUGUCAUUGGGAAGAUCACCCUUCAGAUCCCCUUUUACCGACCACACAGUGACCCAUGGGUCAUCUGCAUGUCCCAGCUGAACCUGAUAAUCGGCCCAACCCCCCCACAGGAAUAUGAUGAGGUGAGAGAAAGAGAAGCUGAGAGAGAGCAGAAGAAACAGCUGCUAAAGGCUCUAGAGGACAAGUGGAAGAGUGAAUGUGAACAGAAGGGAGAAUCUUAUUGGUACUCUGUCACUGCCUCUGUUGUCACCAGAAUCGUUGAAAAUAUUGAGCUGAAGAUUCAAGGUGUUCACUUACGAUUCGAGGAUGAUUUAUCCGAUCCUAACAAACCUUACGCUUUUGGAGUUUGUAUCAAGAAUGUAUCUGCACAGAACUGCACCAAAGAACCAGCUCAGAAGCUUAUGCGGCAAAAAGAGCUGGAAAUCAGUGAAUUUAGUGUCUACUGGGACACAGAGUGCAGUAUGUAUGGGAACCUUUCCUCAGCAGAAGUACAGGAGCAGAUGAAUAAAUGUAUGCAGAGCCGAGAGCAUCAGUAUAUAUUUGAGCCAGUUUGUGCCUCUGUUUUGGUGAGGAGGAACGGCUCUAAAGAGCCGUUACGAAGUCGUCAGACGCCACGCAUUGAAGGCCAAGUGCAGCUGGAACCUCUCUCUCUUCGCUUGUCACAGGUUCAGUAUCAGCAGAUCAUGGCAUUCCUUAAAGAGCUGGACCGUAGAGAAAGGGAAAUUAUUUUCCGACAGUGGAGGCCUAAACUUCCCAUCUCUGGAAACUGUCGACAGUGGUGGAUGUUUGCCAUUAAUGCCAACCUGAAUGAGAUCAGGGACCAGCGCAGACGGGGGAGCUGGGAUUUUGCUUUGCACAGGGCACGUGAUGCCAAUCUCUACACUAAUUUAUAUGUCCAGAGGCUUAAGGGAGUUACUUUGAGUUCACAGGAGGAGAAUGAGUUGGAGAGGAUUGAAGAUGAACAGACACUGGAGGAGUUGCAGAUUCUCAGGGAAACGGUUUAUGUAUCCUUCCGCAAGCAGGAAGAAAUUGCAGAGAGUGUUCGAGAACCUAUCAACGAGCCCCCGGCUACCACUACCCCAGGAUCCAUCCCUAAAAGUGGGAGUUCUGGGAUGAUCCAGUACCUGCAGUCCUGGUUUCCGGGUUGGGGUGGUUGGUAUGGGGGUGCUGAAAGAGGACCAGAUGGACAGCCAGUUCCAGAAGACCUUUUACCAGGAACUGAACAGUGGGAAAUUCUAGCUGAGACAGAUGAUCUCUUCGAUCCUUUGGAGGAUUCGCAAACACUGAAUACCUUCACAAGAAGGGAUCACGUCUUUGCACGGCUGGACUUUGCUCUAGAGAAGGCAUCUGUCACUUUGUACCAUCAGAACAAAAUGAAACCUCAUUUGAGUGAGAGUGGAGUCAUUCAGCUGGAGUUUUCAGGUGUGAAGAUUGGGAUUGAGUCUCUACCUCGCUCAGAGUCCUCUUUACUCUGUGUAAAGCUUGGUGGGCUUUUUCUCCGUGACCUUUUUACCCAGGGUUCCAUCUUUCCUGUCCUUGUUUCACCAAAAACGGACAAUGUUGUUGUUGUUGUCAGUCAACCGUUAGGUCAGACUAAUAGCACAGAAAUGAACAGUCUGGCCUCUGACGUGGAGCCCUCAGCACCUCCUGUCUUUGAGAUGAUUUACGAACGCAAUCCAAUAAGGAGCAAAUUUGAGAGGAGACUAGAAGUCAAUACCAGCCCUCUCAAUAUCAUCUAUAACCCUCAGGCUAUCAAGAAAGUGGCUGAGUUUUUCUACAAAGGAAGAGUCCACACAUCAGGGUUCGGAUAUCAGUCAGAGUUAGAGUUGAGGGUGGCGGAAGCUGCUAGAAGGCAAUACAACAAGCUGAAGAUGCAAACCAAAGCAGAAAUCAGACAAACUAUUGAUCAGCUGCUAGUUGGAGAGUUUAUUGAGAACAGUAAGCACUGGACUAUGAAAUUGGAUAUAUGUGCUCCCCAAGUCAUCUUCCCAGAUGAUUUUCAGUCUGAAGACCCCAUGCUAGUGGUGGUGGACCUUGGACGUAUACUUCUCACAAAUUCUCAAGAGGAAAAUAAAACAAAUCCCAAGACCUCUCAGACAGAAGGGGAGAGCGAUGAAGAGUUCAAGACGCCAUUAGCAACACCUCCUGGAUCUCCACCACCAGAGCAAGAUGUUUAUAUCAAAGGUCAGGAGAGGCCCUGUGACAUCACCAGCCUUAAAUCAGCAGAAGGUGCCCAAAUCGUCAACAGGAACUUGUACGAGAAGUACUCGUUAUCUUUCAAUGACCUCCAGAUCAUGGUCGGUCACUAUAAAGACAACUGGAAGCAUCUACAGGAAAGUGAAGUGGGACCCACUCAUGUGGUUGAAAAAUUCAAUGUGCUAUUGGAGCUAGAACAGAGACUGCGAUACACAUCAGACCCUCAGUUUCCAGGGGCUGUUCUCUCAGGAACCCUACCAGACCUCAAAGUGCACAUCAAUCUGGAGAAAAUGACCGCUCUUAGAAGCUGCCUGGCCAGACUUAGUAGCUCAGGGGCAGAUGGAAGUGACAUGAAAGGAGAAAAUCUCAGAUCUCCUGACCCUCUAAUACUUCGUCACGAGAAGAUCUUUCAAAGGGAGGAUAGUGAUUGGAAACUCCAGGGUUCUGAUAAAAGUCUCACAAAGAGCGUGAUGGCGCUUGAGCAACAUACCCGAGAAGUACUUGUGGAGUCGAGACUUCUUCUCGCUCAGUUUAAUAUCAACUACAUGCAGCUUGGCAUUGAAAGCGGCGGGCGGUAUAUUUCUGUUCUGAAGGUGUUUGGAACAAAUGCACAUUUUGUAAAGCGGCCUUAUGAUGCUAUGGUUUCUCUCACAGUCCACGGUCUAUAUCUUGUUGACACGUUGCAGACAUAUGGAUCAGACUUUGACCUUCUUGUGGCAUCUCAUAAACACCUAAGUUUCGAUGUACCAACCGGAAGUCUACGAGAAAGCCAGCCCACAUCACCUGUCUCACCAGACGGUAAAUCUCCAGAACUGCCAGGCUUACACAGGAACUCCUCAGAUAUUGCAUUUGACAAAGUAUCUCCACGAGGCUCUCCCCUGAGAGACCACGAGGCUCUUAUUAAAUUGGAAUAUCAGUUUGUUAGCUCGGACUGCCCCUCAAUGACCUUGGAUAGCUCCCUUCAGGUCACCAGCAUGCAAGUCAACAACUUGGAUAUUAUCCUCAACCCUGAAACCAUAGUAGAGCUACUGAAAUUUCUCCAACAGUCUUUUCCCAAAGAAGAAACCCCUCCAACACCACAGCUAACACCACUGCCUAAUGGAGAAGACCAUGAAGAGACCUAUCAAUCCACAUAUGACCAAAACAAAGAGUUAACUGUGGAAAUCCACAGGUUGAACUUGUUGCUCUUGCGCACUGUGACAACUGGAACUGUUCUGGGAGGUGAGAAGAAGGGCAUGAAAAUUGCUACCGCCAGUAUAAACGGAACUAAAGUCAACGUUUCCAUGGGAAGCCGAUUGGAUGUCAAUGGCUCUCUAGGAUGCAUUCAGCUUGUAGACUUGACUCAAGAAGGUGGCAGAAGUCAGUUUGUGGUCAGUAUCGGGAGUCUGGAAGACAGCCUCUCGACAGACGGCGUGGCAUUCUUUCCCAGCACUGGUGUGACGCCCUCUGAAGCUUUGAGUUUCCACUUUUUGGAAAAGUCUCAGGGAGAAUGCUUCCUUCAACUCCAAAUGGCAUCUCUACACUAUAACCACUCAGCAAAGUUUUUGAAGGAACUCAGUUUAUCAGCAAAUGAAGUCGAAGAAAAUUUUCGUUCAAUGUUGAAGACUGCAGCUACAAAAGUCUCGACCGUAUUGGCAACAAAAACAGCAGAGUACAGUGGUAUGGUGUCUCUUUUUGACACUCCAUGCAGAAGACCCAGAAGACAGAGUCAGUCUCACUGGACAAUUGACCCUUUUGAGGAUGAAGAUUUCCCUGCCCCUGAAAAGGAACCAGGUCUGGAUUCUUUUCUGGUCAAAUUGACCCUAGACGUCAGUAUAGAAUCCCCUGUUGUGUCUAUUCCAAGAAAGCCUGGCCAUCCUGAGCUUCUUGUCGGACACUUAGGGAGCAUACGGAUUCAAAACUUCAUUACAGGGCAAGACUUGGAGGGAGAGAAACUGCAAGUUGAAGUAAAGGAUAUAAGACUGUAUUCAGUCAACACGAGUAAACUGGUUUUAAGAAAAGAAGCACGGCUUAAUAGCAGCUCGACCUCUGGACACUCACCUUCUCAUAGCAGCAAUAUUAAUCCGAAUGAGCCACAGUUUACACGCCAUGACUUCUUUGAAUACUUGAGCCUGGGAAAAGCAUUUCAUGUUUUGAAAGAUGCCACCAUCCAGCUGACUGUUGAGAAAGUCGCCAUUGAUGAAAACUCACAUUUUAGCUUUUUGUUAUGUGAAGAACCUUACCAGAGCACUGGGCUACUGAAAGUUGAAGGCAGAUUUGUCAAUGCUGUCCAGGUGUGUCUAUGCAAGCCUGUGUAUGAACAAGUUCUUCAAACCCUCGACAAUCUUUCCUUCAUCGAGGAUCAGCGAGUAACGCCCAGUCAGCCACCCACACCUCCGCCUCCCACACCCUCCUCAACUAAACCACACCGCUUCCCUGAUCUACAGGGAGGGCUGUUUGCCCGCGACCCCCCUCAUGGUGGCCUCUCAUACUCCUCAUUGUCGUCCUGUCUUUCAGCAUCACUUCCACUGCAGAGCGACAUCCCCCCUCUCCAGCCUCCCUCCUUUACCCAAGUGAGAGCCAUCUUCAGGGUCUCUGAGCUGCAAGUGCAGUUGUGUGGAGACCUCAGUCAGGGCUCUCAAGGCCUGGUCACCCUGCGCUUCCAAGACCUGGAGGGAGACUUUACCAAAGAUCAUCCUCAUUCCAUGUCUAUUCAACUAGCACUUCACUCCUUGUUAAUGGAAGACCUGCUAGAGCCCAACCCAGAAUCAAAGUACAAAUAUCUCAUGGUAUCCAGAGGUGCUCCAAAACCCUCCACCUUUAGUCCCAAAGAAUACCUAUCACAGUCUUGCCCGACAGCAUCCAGUGUUCUAUACCCAGAAAUGCCUCGUUCUCUUCCGGCACAAUUUGAAGAGGCACAGAAUGUCUUCCAGUUUUAUCAGAGGCAUCCCAGUACGCCUUCCGCAUCCAGUCGAAAGAGCAAGAAAGAUGCCGAGUGCCCCAGCACCCCUCCACCAUCACCGUCCCGACAAACUCCGUCUCCCCACCCACGGGCAGAUUUUGAUGACUCUCUGGUACAUAUCAAUAUGCUUAUGGUUGAUAGGCGGCACCCUAAGUUUAAGACGCGAUAUGGUAGUAUCGGUCGAAGUGUGGACGUGGACUUCAACUGCCUUGAUAUUCUCAUCACACUGCAAACGUGGGUUAUGAUUCUAGACUUUUUUGGGAUUGGCUCAACUGCUAAUAACCAUGCUGUGAAAGUGCCUUCUACCAUACCUCAGCCAACACCCGAACACUCGCUGCAAAAUAGCACUCUCAAUGAUCUGGAAGAUUUUUAUUCGGAGAUUGAGGAAAAAGUCAAUACUAAGAUUGAUUUAAAGAUUCACUCUUUAUCACUGGUACUGAGGAAGAAGACCAAUGAGCUUGCCAAAGCAAAUGUUUCCAAAUUAUUGACACAUAUAGAAAUGAUUGAUGGAGAUCUGGCAUUGCAAGGAAGUCUGGGAAGUUUGUCUCUUAGUGAUUUGACCACUCACGGGGAUCUAUACAGAGAGCGUUUCACAACAAGGGGUGGAGAGGCCCUUGUCUACAACAUAUACAAGUAUGGGGAACCAGACGUCUGCCUGCAGCGGGAAUAUGAUAUGAAGGUGUCUCUUCUGAUGGCCUCAGUACAGUAUGUUCAUACCCAGCGUUUCCAGGCCGAGGUUGUGGCCUUCAUCCAACACUUCACUCAGCUACAGGAUGUCCUCGGCAGGCAGAGAGCAGCAGUCGAGGGUCAGGCAGUGUGUGAGCGCCCACAGCGAGCUGCUCGUGUACUGCUGGACAUCGAGGCAGGUGCUCCUGUCCUCUUGAUCCCUGAAAGCUCCCGCUCCAACCGCCUCAUAGUGGCCAACCUGGGCCAACUCAAAGUGCGUAACGGCUUCCUGCCUGCUGGCACCCAUGGCACCUUCUCUCUCAGAGAUAAGGUAGAGAAACUUACCAUGGCACAUACCUUUUUUCCCUCUCUGGAUCGCGUAAAGGAUGCCCAGUUCGCCUCUGAAAAACCAUCUGAAAAAAGCAAAGCUUCAAACUCAAGUAAAUCUUCUGGAUUUACCCUUGGCAGACCCCAGCCUGGCCUCGGAAGCAUCCCUGAAGCAGAUGUACUAUCAAGUCCAGAAGACCACGUGUGUUUGCUGGACUGUAUAUCUCUGGACCUGCAGGAGAUGGACAUAUUUGCAGCAGAGCGGUUGCCUUGUGAGCCUUGGGACAGUGUUGGGAAACAUCUGGAUACAGACUUGGUCUUCCCAUCUUAUUCGGUGCGCAGAAGCGGUUCGAGUCUGCUGAAGGAGCGCUGCCAUCUGAAGCUGAAAGUAGAGCGUAACCUUGAUAAGGAAUUGAGUCAUGCUGUCCCAGACAUGACCAUCCAUGGUAGCCUGUCUUCUGUCCACUGCUCCCUGGACCUGGAGAGGUACCAGCUGAUCCGCGGCCUCCUGGAGCACAACCUGGGAGAGCCUGUGGAGGAGUUUCUGAGGCCUUACAAUCUACAGGACCCUAGCAAUUAUACUGUGUUAAGUGGUGAUGUGUACACAAGUCUUUCCCUUCUGGUCGACAUGAAGGAUGUCAGUCUGGAAUUAUUGGACCACCAAAAAUCCACAGGUCAUAACCACUCCUUGGCCAGGUUCGAUUUUAUGAAAUCUAAGCUCCUGUUUGAGAGCUUCUCCAAUAGCUCCAAGUCUGUGAACCUGGUGUCUCAUUCACUGCUCGCUCAUGACACUCGAUUCACCGGGUGCAAUGGUCCUACAGAGGGGAAGCAGAAUGUGUUCGAUUGCAUUUUGCAGCCAUCCAAAACUGGCAACAACAGAGCUUCUUUGCAGCUGGAGCUACAUUACAGAUCUACACGGGAGUCCUCACACUUCACUGUGGUUUUAAACAACCUGCGAGUCUUUCUCAUCUUUGAUUGGCUGCAGCUGGUGAGUGACUUUCUGCACAUGCAUGUGGACAAAGAGGCGGCACCUACCCAUCAGCGCUGGCCUAGUGGCAGCAGUGACAUUGGAAGCACGGGGGCUGUCAUGCCCAAAACGGUCAAGAGCGGUGUUGUCACUAAGCGAACCACCGUGCCGGUCAUUCAAGAUAAACACCUGGAGGUUAAGAUCAAUGUGACAGGGACAGAGUUUGUGGUCGUGGAAGAUUCUUCAUGUUUGGAUACCAAUGCUAUCAUUCUGAAAGGCACCACUGUGCUUACAUAUAAGCCGCGACUUCUGGACAGGCCUUUCUCGGGCAGUUUGGCUGGCAUAGAGGUGUUCUCCUGUCGGCUGGGCAGUGAGCAGGAAACAGCAUUGUCCAUCAUCGACCCUGUCAAUGUGCAAAUGGAGCUCUGUGGGAGUCCAACAUACCAGAGCAGCACAGGACUCCUUGAUGCCUUUAACAUUGAAGACUUUCCACCCCUCCUAGAGAUCCAGUUUCCUGCUCUGGACAUCCGUCUCUCCUACAAUGAUGUUCAGCUAUUCUUGGCGAUAGCUAAGUCCAUUCCCACAUCAGCAUCAGCUGGCCCUUCAGACACCAACACAGAGACUGCGUCACCCACUGCCAGCACGGACAAACCAAAGGACAGUUUCACACGCAAGACAGAGGCCUUAGUGGAAGGUCAGCUCAAGCGGUUACAAGACCUCGGGUUUAGAAAGGAAGACUGCAGACGGGCCCUCAUUCACUGUAAAGGUCAGCUGGACCAAGCGGCCACAUGGCUGUGGGAGAACGCAGAAAGCAUGUCUGGACGAAACAGAGCCAACUCCGACUCAAGCAGCCAUUCGACUCCUCCUCUCUCUGGUGUGGAGGUGAAGGCCGACAGCGUGUGUAUCUGCUUCAUCGAUGACUGCCUGGACCGUGACGUCCCUCUAGCAGAGCUCACCUUCUCACGUCUGUCUGUUCUCCAGAGGAUUGGAUCUAUGCAGGAAGGAAAGGCUAGUUUUACACUUUCUGGAGAUUAUUACAACAGAGAACUUUCAGGCUGGGAGCCGUUCAUCGAGCCCUGGCCAUGUUUCCUGAAUUGGCAGAGGCAGGCGGCAGGCCGGCUCCAUCCUCCUCGCUUGAAGAUCGGACUUCGAGCCAAGCAGAGGCUGGAUGUCAACAUCACCACUGUCUUACUGGAGCAGUACAGCACCACCAAGACUUCGUGGUUAGCAGAUUACUGCAAGGAAGACGAGCAGCCGCCACAGUCCUCCACCGCCCUGUCCUGGAUGGGAUCGUCGGUGGACCCCCCCUCUUUUGGCCAGAGUCUUCCUCUUGCCAACCUUAGAACUAGAAGCUCUACCAGCUUGACUUGUCUCGAGCAGCAGAUUCAUGCCCGAGCGGAUGUCAAGCAUUCCAAAAGGAGACAGCCAUUUAUUCCUUAUGCCCUACGGAAUCAUUCUGGCUGUACUAUGUGGUUUGCUACGCUCACUACCACACCAACCAGAGUGGCGCUGUCCCACAGCAGCAGUGCUGACUCGAUAUCUGACCUGCAGGGGUCUGGGACAGAUGAUACACACAAUGUCAGCCAGUGGAGAGAAGUGUUGCCUGGGGAGGAGAUCCCGUUUGAGUUUGAAGCUCGUGAGAAACUGAGACACAGACACACCCAUGAGCUGAAGCUGCACCAGCUGCUGGUGCGUGUUGUGGGCUGGGAGCAGGUGAAGCCAGUGUCAGUGGACAAAGUCGGAGUGUUCUUCCGCUACGCUGCCCCUGAUCGAAACAACCCCUCAAGCACUGUUGGAAGCCCUAUCAGCAGAACAAACAUCAUACACCCUCAUGUAUACUUCUCAGCCUUGCCGCCCGUCCGAGUGGUUUUCUCCAUUACAAUGGAGGGCAGUGCACGUAAAGUCAUCACAGUCCAGUCUGCACUUACAGUGAAGAAUCGCCUUGAAGUCCCCAUGGAAGUUCGACUAGACAGUCCGUCUGCACCAGACAAACCUGUUGUCCUACCACCUAUCCUGCCUGGAGAAGCUUUGGCCAUCCCUCUCCAUCUGACCUCUUGGAGGCUGCAAGCAAGACCUAAAGGCUUAGGGUUGUUCUUCUGUAAAGUGCCUGUCCAUUGGACCACCGUGGAGAGACCUGGUGAGGUCAGCAGCAGCAAGAGGGAGUGCCAGUCGGCAGACUUUGAUGAGCAACUCAAACGGAGCUUCAGGUUUUGUGUUGUCAUUAAGAAAGAAAACUACCCUGAACAGCAGCCUGCCAAAAUUGUGGCAGGAAGUGCAAAACAGAUUUACCGCCAACCAGGUCACACUAUCUGUCUGCUGCCAACCCUGGUGCUGACUAACCUUCUGCCCUGUGACCUCAACUACUACAUCAAAGGCACAUCAAUAAAGGGAACCAUGAAACCGGGCAAAGAGGCAGUGCUACACGCCGCAGACACAUCACAAAACAUAGAAUUAGGUGUACUUCUGGAGAACUUUCCUGUGUGUAAAGAGCUGCUCAUCCCUCCUGGUACACAAAACUACGUGGUGCGCAUGCGGCUAUACGACGCACAAAAGCGGAUGCUCUGUCUCACCAUUCGUAUUAUUCUUCGAGCCCAAGGAGCGCUAAAAAUCCUCAUAUCUGCUCCCUACUGGCUCAUUAACAAGACUGGGCUGCCUCUGAUCUUCCGUCAGGACAAUGGGAAAACCGACGCAGCUGGGCAGUUUGAGGAGCACGAGUUAGCCAGAAGUCUGAGCCCUCUGCUCUUUUGCUACACUGACAAAGAACAGCCCAACAUGUGCACCAUGCGGAUUGGUAAAGGGAUCCAUCCAGAUGGUGUUCCAGGUUGGUGUCAGGGUUUCUCUUUGGAUGGAGGCAGUGGAGUAAGAGCAGUCAAAGUCAUUCAGCAGGGGAACAGACCUGGACUCAUCUAUAAUAUUGGAAUAAACGUGAAAAAAGGGAAGGCACGUUACCGUGACACCCACAUUGUGACCUUCGCCCCAAGAUAUCUGCUUGACAAUCGAUCAUCUCACAAAUUAGCCUUUUCUCAGAGGGAAUUUGCCAGAGGAAAGGGCACUGUAAAUCCAGAUGGCUACAUCUCAACCCUGCCAGGCUCUAGUGUGGUGUUCCACUGGCCCAGAAAUGACUAUGAUCAGCUUCUCUGUGUCCGGCUCAUGGAUGUACCCAACUACACCUGGUCUGGAGGUUUUGAGGUCAACAAGCCCAAAUCUUUCCACAUCAACAUGAGGGACAUACUGGGGAACUGUUUCUUCUUACGUGCUGAGAUUUCUUUGAAAGGGGCAACACAUCACAUCUCUUUCAGUGACACUGACCAGCUGCCUCCACCCUUCCGCAUAGAUAACAUCUCUGAGGUGCCUAUCCAGUUUUGGCAACAUGGCGUGGCUGACAUCAGGCUACACACCGAAGUAAAACCAGGAGAAUCGCUAGACUACGCCUGUGAUGAACCCAUUCUUCCCCCUUACAUCACUCUCACUGUGAAGGGAGCCGGAUCUUCAGAGGUGACCGCUGAAAUGAACUCCUUCAGAGAGUACAACAAACUCUACUACGAGAACUUCAUCUACAUUGCGGCAUCCUUCACAUUCUCAGAAGAUGCAGGAAAGAGGCCAGUGGGGAAGAACCGGGAUGUAAGCUGUGCUGAACUGGUGCUGGAUAUAGAGACCAAAACACAGAGGGUCAUUCUGAAGAAGAAGGAGCCUGGUAAGCGCUCCCAGCUGUGGCGGAUGACGGGAACAGGAAUGCUUUGUCACGAAGGCUCCUCUCCUCCUCAGAGUAAACCUUCUCAGCCUCGACCCCUCUCUUCAUCUUUAGUGCUUGACAUCGCCGAGCUGGCUGCAGUAACAGACAACAGCUAUGAGCCUCUGAUGUUGAGACGGCCAGACAACCGCCGCAGCACCACCCAGACAUGGCACUUCAGCUCCGGCAUGUUGACCUGUGGUUUAUCCAGACUGGUCGUUAAGGUAAAGGGAGGAGUUUCAGGGCUGUUCGAUGGUGCUGAGGUGGUACUGGGUCCAGACUCUUUUGAUGUGGUGCCGGCACCAGAGCAACAAUUUAUCAACCAGAAAAUGAGGCCUGGCUCAGGGGUGCUGUCUGUACAGGUCCUGCCCGAUGGGCCCACGCGAGUACUACAGAUCAGUGAUUUUAACCAACGCCGCAUGAAUAGACUUUCUCCUAGCACGGAGGAAAGCCAGAUUAAAGAGAGUACAGAAUCGCAAGUUCAUGAUGAGGAACUCGAGGUGUUAGUGAACCUAGAGGAGGGAGUGGGCCUAUCGCUAGUAAAUAAAGUCCCUGAGGAACUGUUGUUUGCCACCCUGUCUGGCAUUGAUCUGCACUUCACCCGCACUGCUGCCAGCGAGGUGUUAGAACUUACAGUGAGAGACAUUCAGGUGGAUAACCAGCUCCUGGGCACCACUCACCCUGUGAUGCUGUGUGUGACUCCAGCGUCCAACGAAAGCAGUGCUGUGGACUCAGGCCCUGCUCUGCAGGUCAAUGCGGUUAAAGUUCCAAGCAACCUCAUGCUUACAGACCUUUUUAAGCAUCUGAUGGUCACAGCGCGCCGCUAUACAGUCAUCAUUGAGGAGAAACUUUUGUUGAAGCUGCUCACGUUCUUCGGCUACGGACAGGCAGAGGAGUUGGAAAAGUUGGACGAAAACCUCCACGAGAAAGCCAGCGAAGAUGCAGGAACCCCAAAACGCUAUUAUUUUGAGAACUUGAAGAUCAGUCUCCCUCAGGUCAAACUGAGUGUCUUCACCUCUCAUAAGUUGCCCCCUGACCUCAAGGCCUUGAAGGGAAUACUGGGGUUCCCACUCAUUCGGUUUGAAGAUGCAGUCAUUAACAUGUACCCCUACACUCGGGUCCACCCCUAUGAGACGCAGGAGAUGGUUAUCAGUGACAUCCUUAAGCACUUCAGAGAGGAGCUGAUCAGUCAGGCAGCCCAGAUCCUGGGCUCAGUGGACUUCCUGGGCAACCCUAUGGGGCUACUGAAUGAUGUCACAGAGGGCAUGAAUGAACUCAUCAAGUAUGGCAACAUCGGAGGACUUAUCCGCAGUGUGACACAUGGUGUUUCCAACUCUACAGCCAAGUUUGCAGGUACCUUUGCUGAUGGACUGGGUAAGACGAUGGACAACCGCCAUCAGACUGAACGAGAGUACAUUCGCUAUCAUGGAGCCACCAGCGGAGAGCACCUCGUGGCAGGGAUUCACGGUCUUGCUCAUGGUAUUAUUGGUGGCCUUACCAGUGUCAUCACUUCCACGGUGGAGGGAGUGAAGACCGAGGGUGGCGUCAGUGGAUUCUUCUCAGGUCUUGGGAAGGGAUUGGUUGGCACGGUGACAAAGCCGGUUGCAGGAGCUCUGGAUUUUGCUUCGGAAACGGCUCAAACUGUCCGUGACAUGGCCAGCGCUAACAACAGGCUGAGCGUGCAGCGAGUGAGGAAGCCGCGCUGCUGUAAGGGACCUCAGGGGCUGCUGCCCCGAUUCUCCUCCCUACAAGCAGAUGGACAAGAACAACUAUUUUACUUAACAGACAAUAUCCACUCUGAAUAUUUCAUUGCAGUGGAGCUCAUAGACACCUACUGUGUGCUGAUCUCCUCCAAAGUGGUGUACUUCCUCAAGCCUGGAGAGUAUGCAGAUCGGGAAGCAAUUUUUCUGGAGGUCAAAUACGAUGAUCUUUAUCAUUGUCUGGUGUCCAAAGACCAUGGGAAGGUAUAUGUGCAGCUUACAAAGAAAGCUGAAAACAGCAGUAGCGGAGUGGCCAUUCCAGGUCCGUCACACCAGAAGCCUAUGGUUCAUGUGAAAAGCGAGAGCCUUGCCAUUAAGAUUUCACAAGAAAUCAAUUACGCCAAGAGCCUUUACUAUGAACAGCAGCUCAUGCUGCCUCCCAGUGAGAAUGAGGAUAGUCUAUUAUUGGACUCUUAACCAAACCGCCCCACAGGGUGGUAGGUGUUUCUCGCUCAUUUUUCAAUGGCCAUUUCAUUUUUUUCUGUUUCUGCGGAAGGACAGUAAUAAAUCAGCAAAGCGUGAUCACCCACUUAGGCCAGUCUACGGGAUGUGCUCACAGUGUGUGGUUUCUUCACUGAUGCAAAUAAUCUAGAGGGGCGGCUAUAAACCCUGGCAAGCACAGAUUUAAAUAUGAAUAUUUCAAUAUGCAAGUGUUUUAUCAAGUUCCCGUAUAAUUUUUUGGUUUGUUUGUUUUACAGUUGUUAAUAGAAUAACCGGUAUUUGUCGCUAGAUGUACACAGCUAGUCUGACACUGUAUAUGUUUAUGUAUAGAUUCUAUAUGUACAUACAUAGACACACACUAAAAGGAUGUUAUCUGCCAUGUAUAUAAAAUGUUGAAAUAUAUUAUAUAGAAUGAAAUUAAUAAUGGAUUGCUGUACAAAACUGCCUUUUUUAUCUGAAUAUGACAAUAGAGAUUAUGUGCACUGAUGUAAAUGUAGAGAACUGGAGCUGUUCUCCCAAUGGUUUGUGAACUAACAUUAACACACACAAACAUACAUGCACACUGGCACAAAACACAGAAUUGUAAAUAUUGUUUCAAUACAAGCAAUCCACCCUAAAAACGAAUUUGUUUUCCUCUCAAAUUAAUUUAUUUUUUUAUUUUCUGUAUUACAUUUAAUUUAACACGUUGCUUUAUAUGUAGUCAGACUGUAAGGUUGUUUGAAAAUCCAAGCUUUACACAUGAAACAUUUAACAUGGCCACAAAUAAAAUGUUAUGCAGUG